UUUGUUGACACUACAACAAUACCACCAAAUGUCAAAUCACAAUAUAUUGCAGCUGAAAAGAUCAAUUCAGCUGCAAAAAGCCUAGUUGAAUAUCAACAAAUGAUAGAGAUCGUUACAAAUGACUCAAUGAAAGUUUUGUUAUCGUCUAAGAUAAUUGAAGAACAAAAAAAUAUAUUAAUACAAAAUGCACAGCUAACAAAGCUAAAUUGUCAUGCUGAAGCUCAAUCAAGGCUAGCAGCAAAAAAACAGAAAUUGCUAGAAGAGAGUAUUAUAAAAAAAUAUGAUACUCCAGAAAGACCAUCUGUG